GUCCAUUCCCGCGUUUCGUUUCACGGGCUUCUGUAAACCAGUGUUACUUCAUUACACGGAUACAUUUUUUUGUGCAUCAAAAAUGGAAAUGAGGUGGAGUUUUUUUCUAGCGCUUCUGUUACUGGGAGUUGCUCUUGCAAAUGAAGAAGAGGAUGAUGUGCCAGAUGCAGGCGUCGAGGAAGAUGAAGAUGAUGAACUGGCAUUAGAUCGAGAGGAAACGCGGAACCUCAGACCGCGGGCGUACAACCAAGGCGCGUUCCCCAACACCCUGCCCAGCGGGUUCCGACCGACGCAGUCCCUGGCUGAACUUGCGGGCUACCAGCAGAGGCCUCAGCAGCAGGAACAACAGCAGGAGUUCCUCAUCCCCAGCAGGCCUCAGCAGCAGGUUUACAUCGAGGAGCAGAGGCCAGCGCAAAUCAGGGCACCGCAUAGAAAACAACAGCAAGAGCAACGUCCACAGAAACAGCAGCAAUCGUCUGAAGAAGAGUUAGAAGAGAAGGAGGAGCCAGACCGCCUGUCCACUCUGCUGCAGCAGUCCAAGUUUAACUGCGUCAGCAAGAACACUGGCUACUACGCAGACGAGGAGCUCAGCUGCGAGGUGUUCCACUACUGCCAGGACAAUGUCAAGCACUCCUGGAUCUGUCCCGAGGGCUUCACUUUCCACCAGGUCCACCUUAUCUGCAUGCCGCCCACCCAGGAAAACAUCUGCCAGAAGUCUUCAAAUUACCACUUCGUGAACGACUACCUCUACAGACCCAUAAAUGAAGAGGAGGUGCAGCGGAAGCCGAGCCUCUCCCUCAAGUACUCCGACAGAUACUUCCCCUCUGAAGUGUACAGGGAUGACCGUUUCGAGCAAGAGGAAGAGGAAGAAGAGGAGGCUCCUCGCCACGCCCCCGCCGCUCAGCAGGCUCGGCCUACGGCUCGGCCCCAGUACCAGCAGCAAGUGUUCCGAUCCGCUGAAGAGGUCAACAUACCCCUUGCGCAGAGACGUCCGCAACGUCCUUUCGACUUCGACAUCUAAGUUAUUCUUAGUCUCCAAUACCCUGACUAAUAAACGUUGUUUAGCUGAAAAUUCCUCAAGUUCUUUGGACAUAUUGCUAGGAAUAAAAACUCCAUGGAACGACUCGCUGUCCAGGGGAAACUGGAAAGAAAUCGGUCAUAAUAAAAGCUGCAACACAAACCUCCAUAGUCCAAUGUUCCCGAAACGCUGUAGACCGUAACAAGUUGAGGCGCAUCAUUCAUGACUCUAGUUAAAGAAAAAUAUAUCAUCGUCAACCACUCUGCCAAGAGUGAACGACUAAGGAGGGAGCUGAAAAUUAGUGUAAUUAGUGAUGGUGACACUAUGAUUUCUCUUUCUGCCAUCAGUAAUUUGACAUUUGGAAGACGAGUGUACUUUAGAUACGGCUUUACCACGUUUAUUAGUAAGGAUGUAUGUGUAUAUUGUCUAUAAGCUUUUGUUUAUACCUGAUGCCUUAUUCAGUAACUAUUCCGAAAGCUAACCGUAGAUGACCAAUUUAAAUUAGUUAAGAGUACUGGGAGCUGUCAAAUUACGCGUUAUGUAUUAAGGCGACUAGAAUUCGGCCAUGUAGAGAAUGCUUGGCAGAUCGAAUCGAAGAUCUAACUGUGUAGUGGCGUUAAUUAUAUUUGCUCCACUUACGAAUUAUAUCAUCAUUAAGAAUUAUAUCUAAUCAUUCAACUCAUCAAUUUCACUAUAAUUAUAAGGAAAAUUUGAUGUUAAAGCAACAUCUUUUUAAAUUCAAACUGCAAGGUUAUGUCAACUAUUUGUUAUUAUUGGAAAAAAAAAUAUCGCCAUACUGCGGAUAAAAAUGUAACUAUUUUUUCUAUACUCGGGUAAAUGUAAAUGUCUGUCUCCAGAACAGGUUUUUUAUUUUCCUGGUCAAGCUUAACUGGAACUAACUUAUUAACUGAAAGACGUUAAUAGCGUAUUUUGUCAGCGGCUGAAUUAUAGCUGGCAACUUGUUGGAAAAGUUACUGAGCAUGGCAGUUGAGGGUUCAUCACACAGUGACAUAAGCCAUGCAUAUGCCUGCAGCGCUGUUACACGCAGUUACUGCAACUGUUACGUAGAUAGCUGACGUCACGUCCCCCCAACUCUUGUAAUUUACGCCCGGUCACAGAAUAAGUAAUAGUAAGUAACACUGAAUUUCGUUAACACUGCCAAUCAUAUACCUUAUCUAACAGCAAGGCGAUAAGUUGAAAUUUGCUCGCAGACGCACAUGUUAUAAUAUCUGCCUAUUCCACGUUAGUGAAAGACAAUGUCAACCUUAACCACCACAUGAAACGGUUCAUAUUUCACUAAAUUAACCGAAUUAUGUACACACUGCAACAAGCGAGUGUCUAGGGUUGUCUCUAUAAGACUUUUAAGUACUUAUUAACGUUAAGUUAAACAAAAGACCAAACUCUAUCCGCAAAGAGUUAAGAGCUGAGCGUUAAAAGACACCAUUAUUUAAGCGUAAUGUUAAUAAAUCUAUUUAUGCUGUACAAUAACUCUGUUGUAAUA